GCGAGCCGGGAGGGCCGGCCCUGCGGCACACGGCAGCGCCAUGGUCUCAUGGAUCAUCUCCCGCCUCGUGGUGCUUAUAUUUGGCACACUUUACCCUGCAUAUUAUUCCUACAAAGCCGUGAAAUCAAAGGACAUCAAAGAAUAUGUCAAGUGGAUGAUGUACUGGAUCAUAUUCGCGCUCUUCACGACAGCAGAGACGUUCACGGAUAUCUUUCUUUGCUGGUUUCCAUUCUACUAUGAACUCAAAAUAGCUUUUGUAGCUUGGCUGCUGUCUCCAUACACAAAAGGCUCCAGCCUCCUGUACAGGAAAUUUGUUCAUCCAACUCUGUCUUCAAAAGAAAAGGAGAUCGAUGACUGCCUCAUCCAGGCGAAGGACCGGAGCUACGACGCCCUGGUGCACUUUGGCAAGCGGGGCCUGAACGUCGCGGCCACGGCAGCUGUCAUGGCAGCCUCCAAGGGACAGGGAGCCCUGUCUGAGAGGCUGCGCAGCUUCAGCAUGCAGGACCUGUCGAGCAUCCGCGGGGACAGCGGCAGCCCCGUCCCUGCCCCGGUCACCGUGCGGACGGGCAGCAAGCAGAGCCACCCCAAGCCAGCCAGGAGUGCAUCAGAGGGCACCGGCAGCUCAGGCACCGCCUAGGACUCUCAGACCUCGCUUCAGGAAGAAAAGUACCUCGUCCUCUGCCACUGAAACAAUGUGAGUGCAAUGAGCCAAUAGCACCAAGAUCCACAGAAUGUCUCUCUUCUGCCUUAAAGAGCUACUCAUUGAUAACCUAGGAAGCAGCGGUGGGCUGGAUGUGCUUUGAUGUGCAGCACUGCAGACAUGGCCUUUCUCCUCUCUCCACGUCCCUCUGUGGCACCUGCUGCUGUUUGUCCCUGCUGUGGGUAGGACAGUCUGGCAGGCACCUGCCCGUGAGGGCUCCUGGUUGGCUUUGCAGAGUGCACCCACCCACAGUGUACAUUUCCAGUUUCAUUUGUGUCUGCAUCGCUCUUGCUCUGUGAAUGCCCAGAGCAAUAAUAACAACAACAACAAUAUUCAGUUACUCAUCAUGCUACGUUGACAGUGUAUUUAUUUAUGGCUUUAUCAUGGAUGAAGUGGAUUUGCAGAACCCAUGGAUUUCUCUUUCCUCCCUUCCUCCUCAAGACUGUGAAUGAUGUAACAAAUGUCAAAGUACUUUGACUGUACAAAAUGUCCAAGAUUUGUUAGAGAAAGCUGAGCUGCAACUGAGUUUUUCUGCAACUAAAUCACAUGUUCUGAGAAAACCAUUGUGCUAAACCCACAGAGACAAGACCACUUACAGAGGAUGAGGAAGUGACGUGCAAGAGAAAAGAAAAUUGUUUCGAUGAUAUAAUGAAGGGGGAGUCCGAGUUCCAAUCAGCCUGAGCCAGGAGAGUAUUUUGUGGAAAAUGAUGCGUAGAAGAACUAAAUCCCACCACUUGUGGCCCAUGUUCUACUGUGAGUUCUAAAGUGUGAGCAAGCCAGGCUUGAGCAAGCUGCAGCAGCAGAAAUUAGAAUGGCUUUAGUGAUGCAUUUCCAGGGGUAAACACAUCUUUCUUCCCUGCUACAACAGUGCCAGUCACAGCACUCUGCUCUGCUGCUGCUCUGCUGGCAUGAGCAGAGGAGGUGCUGGGUCUGAGCUGCUUUUUGAAGCCUGGAGUUUCUCCUCUAGCAUGGAGUUUGGUUAGAACCACAAGAACCAGAUGGAGUGGUUUAUUUGUAUCCAUAUAUAAAUGGGAAAUAUAAAAGAAGAGGAAGACAUGGUAGGGUUUGUGUAUUUGUGCUUCAAGUUGGUGUCUCUUGUAAGUGUUGAGCAUGUGAGAUUCACACAUCAGUUAAUUACGUGACCCUUUGUGUUUGCUCUUGGACCUGUCACAUAGACUAGAAAGGAAUUUAGCAUUGUGUAGGAUGUGCCAUCACCAGUGGAUCAGCACAGGGGCUCCAUGGUGUCACUGUUCAUCUGGCUCAGGUGCAGCAGCCCAGGGUGCCAAAAGCCAACUGGAGUGUGCCAGGCUCGGAGGUAACUCUGAAGUGGCCUUUGAAACCAUUUCUGUGCCAGGUGUGCAUCCAUAUCCCAGCUGCACAUCUGGUGGAUCCCUGAGGUCACCCCCACAGCUUCCUACAUGUGUGGGGCAGAAAGAAAUAAAAUACACACACAGAGAAAUGUUUAUCUGACCUGGCUAGGAAAUGGAAAAUCAAGCAGGUGUUUCCUGUGUCUGCCACAGUAUUUGGCCUCAUUACCUGAGAAUUUUAUUUCCACGUGCUGAUUCAGUCAUAUUUUGCAAAUUUUGAAAAAUUCUUCAGAAAGUAAAUUUAAAAAAAAAACCCAAACAAACCUGUCUAAAGAGCAGUUACAGAAGAGUUGGUCCCUGGAAGAUAACUCAGCAAAAGCUUUGAGAAGCUAAGCUUAUGUAUUUUACUUCUAAGCAGCUUUAGAGUUUAUUUGAUUUCUUUUGGCUAACAUUAAAAAGAAAUAGGAAAACUGCCUGCACUGUUAGCAGAAAAUAAAAUCCUGUUGCAAGCAAGCCAUGUUUCCCUGCUAUGCAAUGGGCUGCUGUAAGAUAAAAAAGAAGCUGACAAGUUUGCACUCAAUUAUGCCAAAUAACCCCAACAACAUAGAGCUGCAUAACAUCUGACAAGUUCUAAUCUCAGCCACGCUGUAUUAACAUUGAUUCUCACUAAAACUAUUUAAUGUGCGUCUAAUCUGCUGUUUUACUGUAAACUUGACUGUUUAGCAUUUCUUAAGUGCUGAGGUGAAAUGUUGACAAGGGAGUUGCCUUAUAUCUCUCAAAACAUUCACUGUAUAAAUGAGAAAAAAUAAACCUUUUCAUAUCUCUGGAAAAGAAAAGCUGUAUUAUCAACAGAGCUGUAUAUUUGCAUCUAGAUAGCCAGAAAUGUGAAUGCCUGACCUCGUGCACUCGUGCUCCUUGUGCUCCAGUGCUCUGUGCAGACGAGAGCGGCCACUCGCUUUGAUUCCUCACCUUCCUCGCACAGGUUGUUUACAGGGGCUGCCCCAGGCUGCCAGCUCGGUGUCACAGCUGCUGUGUUCAUUCUGGAUAAACACCACCCCUGGAUAAACACCACCCCUGGAUAAACACCACCCCUGAAGUCUUUUGUUCCAGCUUUCCUCUGGAGCCUCUGCCAAGGAGCGAGGCCGGUUCGGUGAUUCUCGCCUUCGUGUGCUGCUGCUGACCCCUCCUGGCAAACAGGGGUGUGCAGGAUGGAUGGACGGAUCGAUGGAUGGAUGAUGGAUGGAUGGAUGGAUGGAUGGAUGGAUGGAUGGAUGGAUGGAUGAUGGAUGGAUGGAUGAUGG